GUUACACACAUAAAUAAAUAAAAAAAAGAAAAAGAAUUGUAGAAGACAAACAUGGCGGAAGGCGUCAGGAAUCCUCCCGAUUUGGAAACUCAAAAAAAUGAAAUAUGUACGCUUAUAAAAAAGCCAUUGAGAAAAGCAGAUACGUGGUAUUUAGUUGAUAACAAAUGGUUCAAACAAUGGAGAAAGUAUGUAGGAUAUGAUAGCUGGGAUACAAGUAAUAUAGGAGAGAAUACAAUUCAUCCUGGACCAAUAGAUAAUAGUUCCCUAUUUAGAGAAGAGAAUUCACCAGAAAUUAAAGAUCACCUAAUUGAUGAAUUAGAUUAUAUCUUAGUACCUAAAGAAGCUUGGGAAUUACUAGUUUCUUGGUAUGGUAUCUGUGAUGGACAAGAACCUAUUGCAAGGAAAGUAGUUGAAUAUGGGAUGUUUGUAAAACACUGCAAGGUUGAAGUAUAUUUAGUUGAAUUUAAAUUAUGUCAAAACAAUGAUACUGAUAAUUGUGUUACUAAAAAGUUUAGUAAAGUUGACACUAUAGAACAUAUUGAACAAGAAAUGAGGAAAAUAUUUAAGAUACCAGCAGACAAAGAAACAAGAUUAUGGAAUAAAUACAGUGUAAAUACCUAUGAACAUUUAAAUAACAAAGAAAGUACUGUACAAGAUGCUGGACUUUAUCAAGGACAGGUGAUCAUAAUUGAACAAAGAAAUGAUGAUGGUACCUGGCCAAGACAAGUAAAAAGUACCAGUUCUGUGAACUAUAACUCAUCUACACAAGUAUUAGGUGACAGUAGACCUUACAGUAAUCAGACAAGUACAAUGACAACACGUAGCUAUGUUUCUAUGGGUGGAGGUUAUGGAGGAUCUAGUUAUAAUUAUGAAUAUCAUAAUGGUAGUGCUACAACAGUUCAAUCAGGACUAUGUGGUCUUAGCAACCUUGGUAAUACAUGUUUCAUGAAUUCUGCUCUUCAGUGUAUGAGCAACACUCCACCACUUACUGACUACUUUCUUCAAGAUUAUUACUGGAAGGAAAUGAAUACUGAAAAUCCUUUAGGAAUGCAUGGAGAAAUUGCCAAAUCAUAUGGAGAUCUGAUAAAAACUAUGUGGUCAGGACGCUAUACUUACAUUCUUCCACGUAAUUUCAAGACUAUUGUUGGAAGAUUUGCACCUCAGUUUUCUGGCUAUCAGCAACAAGACUGUCAAGAAUUAAUGGCAUUUCUUCUGGAUGGAUUGCAUGAAGAUUUGAAUAGAGUGAAAAAAAAACCAUAUAUAGAAUUAAGAGAUGCUGAUGGAAGACCUGAUGAGAUAGUAGCUAAGGAAGCUUGGGAAAAUUAUUUGAAGAGGAAUAAUUCCAUAAUAGUAGAUACUUUUCAUGGUUUAUUAAAAUCCACUUUAGUCUGUCCAGAAUGCUCAAAAAUAUCUGUUACAUUUGAUCCAUUUUGUUAUCUUUCAUUACCUCUGCCAAUUAAAAAAGAAAGACAAAUAGAAGUUUCUUACGUUCCUUUAGAUGAUGCAAAGAGGCCAAUUCAAAUGAAAUUAACAGUACCAAAAAUGGGCAUAGUUCAAGAUUUAUGUGAUGCAAUAGGAAAAACUAUGGAUGUUAGUUCUGAUAAGGUAAGCAAUUUUGAUAUUGAAGAUGCAUCAUGUUCUGGAAGGCCAGUUGAAGCUGAUGAAGACAAAAUAAAGCUUGAUAUAUGGGUUCCAUGUGUUCUUAAAGAAAGAGAUUUGCUUCAUCGCAUUGACAUCUGUGAUUUGCUUCUCAAACAUCAAGAAAAUGAUUUAUUUUUGAAACAAAUCAUAACUGGUGAUGAAAAAUGGAUUGUUUAUAACAAAGUCGAAUGCAAGCGAUUAUGGAGAAGAGAUGAGCUGGCUCAAAGCACUUCAAAAGUUGAUAUUCAUAAAAAAAAACAUUUAUUAUUUCUUGUUUAUUUUUGUAGAUAUGAGCUUCCUGUUGCAGGUAGAAAUGAUCCAAAUAUACUUAUUUUACCAGUUUACAUGAGAGAGAGAAGUAGACUGAGGCCAGGAACAAAUAAUUUCAGUACAUCAUCUCACCAGUUAUUUGGACAGCCACUGUUAGUUCCAGUACCACGUAAUGGAUGCACGUAUAAUAUUCUGUUUCAGUCUAUUAUCAAUAAAAUGUCUCGGUAUGUGAAAGAAUUGGAUACUGAUGAUGAAUGGUGGAAUGAACCUAAUGACCCAGAUAGGCUAAAUGGAGAAAUUGAAAUGGCAAACAUAGAUGAAUAUGACAGUGAUGUACAAGAUGAUGAUGCUGAUGAACGAGAAAAUAUUCACAUGUCAGAAGGAAAUAUCCCUCCACUCUUUACUUUAAGUAGUGUAAAUGCUUAUGGUAAUGUUGAAGUUGAGAAAAUUAAAGAUGAUGAAAGUAUUUUGCAACUUAGUAAUAAAACAUAUAUAGCUGUUGAUUGGCAUCCUAAGGCUAAAGAGAAGUUUUAUGAUGAAAAAGAAGCAAAGGAACAUGAUAUUCAUGAAUCAUUAAAUGUAAGAUGGUCACAAAAGAAGCAGGUCAUUCAACUUAGUGAAUGUUUAGAAUUAUUUACAACAACUGAAAAAUUAGGUGCUGAAGAUCCAUGGUAUUGUCCCGAAUGUAAAAAACAUCAACAAGCUACAAAAAAGUUUGAUUUAUGGUCAUUGCCUCAGGUAUUAAUAAUUCAUCUCAAACGCUUCUCAUAUAACCGUUAUUGGAGAGAUAAAAUUGAUACUCUUGUAGAAUUUCCUGUUAGUGGUCUCAAUAUGGCAAAAUAUAUCAUUAAUCCUCAUCAUAAUCCUGCUGUUUAUGAUCUGAUUGCAGUAGCCAAUCAUUAUGGUGGAAUGGGUGGAGGACAUUAUACUGCUUAUGCAAAAAAUAAACAGGAUGGCCUUUGGUAUUAUUUUGAUGAUUCUACUGUCUCUUCAGCAACUGAAGAUAAUACAGUGUCGAAAGCAGCUUAUGUCUUAUUUUACAUGCGCCGUGAUUCCGAUAACACACAGCGAAAUGUGAUACCUCGCCGGAAUAUUCCAGCUGCUCUGGGUGCACCUCCCGGAAGUGAUUUAGUUAGUCCAGAUGACAAUGAUGGCACAUCGCAUUCUAGUGAAGAAGAUGUCAACAUGGACAUAAACUAAUGUAUUUCCAUAAUAUUAAUAUUGACUGCAAAAGAAAUGAACUGCAGAGUAUAACCACUGUUAUAUGAAAGACUUUAAAUAUGGUGGUGUUAUUCUUUUGAACGUCAACCCUUCCAAUAUAUCUUUCUACGCAAAGUGAUAAAAGAAGAAAGGAUGGCGACGUUUGCUUGUACCUAGUUGUAGAUAUGUGCACCAGUAAUCGUGCAACUUGUUUUGUUCCAUUACUCAUAAGUUAAAGUAAUUCUCCUGCAAGAUAUUUGACUUUGUUCAGGGGGACUUUAUUUUUUGUGUAUUUAUUUCUAAAAGUCUUAUAUUAAGCGUAAGUGUAAAAAAUUUCUACAUACUGAAAACGUGCACAGUGUCACCAGCCAGGGAUUACAAAAGUCCUAUGUUUGAAUUGUAACACAGUUGCAUUGACAAGAAUCAGAUUGCCAGCCAUGUUUUACAAAUCCAAAAAAAAAUUACCAAAUCUUCAUAAUACUUAAAGUUUGUGGAAUUCCGAUGUUAAAAAUUUUAUCACAGUUACUGGUAUCAACACUAAGAAAGAUAAACAUAUAAAUUAUAAAUUGAAACAAAUAAAUUAUAAAUUAAUUCAGCAUAACUAAAUUGAUAUUGCAAGAAGAUGGCAGUUAAUUUAAAAAAUAUAUUUAUUACAUUGAAAAAAAUUCAAGUAUUAAUAAUCAAUACUUUCUUCUUGGAGACUAAGAGUAAAUGGUGUGCAAAGUGGUGUUAAAAAUAAAUAAAAAAACACAAAUGUGAAUUAACAGUUGUAAUAGGAAAAAAAUCACCUUUGUUGUCAAGAUUUAUCUUCUCUUAUUAUUAAAAUAUAAAAUGAAAUUUUAAA